AAAAAGAUGUCUUAUCAAUUGUACAGAAAUACAACAUUGGGAAAUACUCUCCAGGAAAGUUUGGAUGAGUUGAUACAGUAUGGACAAAUUACUCCUCAACACGCUCUCAAAGUUUUACUACAAUUCGAUAAGGCUAUUAACCAAGCUUUGGCGACACGAGUUAAGUCGAGAUUAACAUUCAAGUUCAGAGAAGUGCAAGAAGUUGCAACUGUUCGUAAAGUCAAAAUAGUCGCUUGUGAUGGAAAGGCACUAGACACUGAUUCCUUGGCCAGACGAUAA